AUGGCUUCGCGACCUACCGUCUCCAUCAUCGGCAAAGAUGGUGCUCCCACGGGGGCUACCCACGCCAUCCCCGCCGUCUUCACCAGCCCUAUCCGACCGGACAUCGUCCAGGAGGUUCACAAGGGCAUGGCCAAGAACAAGCGCCAGCCGUACUCCGUGAGCGAGAAGGCCGGUCACCAGACCUCUGCUGAGUCCUGGGGAACUGGUCGCGCUGUCGCCCGUAUCCCCCGUGUCUCUGGUGGUGGUACUCACCGUGCCGGUCAGGCUGCCUUCGGUAACAUGUGCCGUUCCGGCCGCAUGUUCGCCCCUACCAAGAUCUGGCGCAAGUGGCACGUCAAGGUCAACCAGGGCCAGAAGCGCUACGCUACCUGCUCCGCCCUGGCUGCCUCCGCUGCCGCCCCUCUCCUGAUGGCCCGCGGCCACCAGGUCUCCAACAUCCCCGAGGUUCCCCUGGUCGUCGACUCCGCUCUCUUCGAGGCCGGCGCCAUGGGCCGCACCGCUGCUUCCCUCGGCCUCCUCAAGGCCGUCGGUGCCGGUGACGACCUCGCCAAGGUCAAGGGCUCCAAGAAGCUCCGCGCCGGCAAGGGCAAGCUCCGUGGCCGCCGCCACCGCCAGCGCCGCGGCCCCCUGGUCGUCUACGCCCCCGAGGCCGACGGCAAGGAGCUCGUCAAGGGCUUCCGCAACAUCCCCGGUGUCGAGACCUGCCCCGUCACGGCCCUGAACCUGCUCCAGCUUGCCCCCGGUGGCCACCUGGGCCGCUUCAUCGUCUGGACCUCGGCCGCCUUCAAGGCCCUCGACGACAUCUACGGCUCCACCACCGAGGCCUCGGCCCACAAGCGCGACUUCCUGCUGCCGUCCAACGUCGUCUCGCAGGCCGACCUGACCCGCCUGAUCAACAGCUCCGAAAUCCAGAGCUCCCUCAACGCCCCCAAGGGCGAGGCCAUCACCCGCCGCGGCGCCGUCCAGAAGAAGAACCCGCUGCGCAACAAGCAGGUCAUGCUGCGCCUGAACCCCUACGCCUCCGUGUUCGCCAAGGAGUCGCAGAAGAAGCAGCAGUAA